UCAGUUGUCAGAAUUUUCGUCUUGUCAUUGUGAAUAUUGUGAUUGUGAUUGCCUCAAAAGUUUGAUCACACUGAUCACAGUGUAGCUAUAGCUUUCUACUGUUGUUUGAUCAGUUUGUAGUUUUGUAGUAUUACUUCUCUAAGACAUAAUCAUGCCUAUUGAAAAUUUGGAGGACCAAGGUCUGGAAAAGAACCCAGACUUGGAAUUAGCGCAUUAUAAAUUUCUACUAACCUUACCAGAGUAUCAGAAUGAUACAUUGGUACAUACAAAAAUCACAGAAGCAAUCAAAAAAGAUGAUAUGGCUCCUUGGUAUGAAUUAAUUUGUAAGGACUCUGGCUGGAAAGUGGAUCAGAACUUAUUGAAAGCCAUGAAAAUGAAAAAUGAUGAACAAAUAAAACUUUUGGAUGAGGCCAUUGAAGAUGCUGAAAAAAACUUAGGAGAAAUGGAAGUUAGGGAAGCAUAUUUGAGAAAGGCAGAGUACUUCAGUCGAAUCGGUGAUAAAGAUAAUGCCGUGAGCACAUUUAGGCAAACUUAUGAUAAGACAGUUUCGCUUGGGCACAGACUGGAUAUUAUUUUCCAUUUAAUAAGAAUAGGCUUAUUCUUCAUGGAUCAUGAUCUCAUCACUAGAAAUAUUGAAAAAGCAAAAACUUUAAUAGAGGAAGGUGGUGAUUGGGAUAGGAGAAAUCGCUUGAAAGUAUAUCAGGGUGCUUACUGUAUGGCAGUAAGAGAUUUUAAGACUGCAGCAAACUUGUUUAUAGACACAGUCAGUACUUUCACAUCUUAUGAGUUGAUGGAUUAUAAAGCAUUUGUCCGCUACACAGUUUAUACAUCUAUCAUUAGUCUUCCAAGGAACCAACUUCGAGAUAAGGUUGUUAAAGGGUCAGAAAUUCUGGAGGUUCUUCAUUCUGAACCAUUUGUUAAGGAUUAUUUAUUUUCACUGUACAAUUGCCAGUAUGCAGAAUUCUUCUCAAAUUUAGCGGAAGUAGAAACCACUCUCAGAAAAGACUACUUCAUGAAUCCUCAUUAUCGCUAUUAUGUUCGAGAAAUGAAGAUUUUGGCCUACACACAGUUACUAGAAUCAUAUAGAUCUCUCACCCUACAGUACAUGGCUGAAGCUUUUGGUGUUUCUAUGGAAUACAUUGAUCAAGAGUUGUCAACAUUCAUUGCUGCGGGUCGACUACAUUGCAAAAUUGAUAGAGUUGGAGGAAUUGUGGAAACCAACCGUCCAGAUCUAAAAAAUGCACAAUUCAAUUCUGUUGUUAAACAGGGAGAUUUGCUUUUGAAUCGAGUGCAAAAGCUGUCUCGUGUCAUUAAUAUUUAGGAUAUUUUUGUUAAUACUAAUCACGGUAAAAAAAAUUAUUAAAAAGACUUUGGUAGAAAUA